CACACACACACGAACAACCCAAACAAGCAAGACAAGACAGGCAAGACAGGCAAGGCAAGACAAGACGACGGAGAAGCAGGAAGCAGUCAGCUCGACAGCAGCAAGAGGAUGGAAGGAGGCGAUGACCUUGUGCAGGUGGUGCGCGGGCUCGGGUUCACCGAGGAGCAGUGCCUGCGAGCCAUUGCUGCGGGCUCGCAGACCCCGGAGAGCGUCGUCGACUGGAUUGUGAGGGAGCAGAGCAGACAGGAGCAAGAACCAGCAGACAAAUCGACGGGCGGCAGCAGCAGUGGCGGCAGUGCGCCUGUGCUCAAGCUUGGUCAAGGACCACAGGGGCACAACCAGCAGCCACAACAACAACAAGGGCAGCAGAAGCAACCACAGAAGCGCCCAACGCCGUCAUCCACCGCUGCCUCACAGGCACCUGCUGUGGUGAGCAAUGCGUUUGUGAAUGAGGAGCAGCGACAGGCCAAGCUCGCUUUUGAGCAGAAGCAGAUGCAGCGGCUGCGACAAGACGUCCUCAAGGAAAAGCGACGCAAAAUCGAGGAGGCCAAGCGAGUGCGGCGGCAGAUCGAACAGGACCGGCGGGAGCUGCAGGAGAAGCGAAGACUGGAGCGUGGCCAGGCAUCACAGGCACAGCCACAGCCACAGCCACAGCCACAGCCACAGCCACAGCCACAGCCACAAGGAGCAGAACCUCAGACUCAGGCAUCGCCACCAGCAUCAACACCACCAGCGUCGUACGUGAUCCAGGUGCGGCUGCCGAACGGACGGCCGGAGCGACUUGAGCUGCCGUCGUCAUCGCUGCUGCGGGCCGUGUUUGACGCCAUUGCCACCAGGCGCGGCCUCGCUCCCGGCUCUUUCGCCCUCAUCCUCAACCAUCCAAAAAAGGAGCUGACGUUCGACAUGGCGUCAUCGCCCCUCUCCACCCUCAACCUCCCACCGCGAUGUCUGCUGCACUGCCGCAAGACAGCAACACCAACACCAACACCAACAGCUUCCAGCGCCCAAGCACCCACACGGCAGCAACAACAGCAGCAGCAGCAGCAGCAGCAGCAGCAGCACGAUGAUGAUGCAAGUCACGACAAUGCCCCCAGCGUCACUUCUCCCCGCCAAGAACACGGCGUGCAGCAGGAGCAGGACGAAUACGGUCUGCCGCGUGCGUUUGUUGGCGGACGCGGUGGAAAGCGGCAUGGUCGUGUUCGCUCAAGGCAUCGUGGCCAUCGCUUGGGCGGCGCUGAUGGCGACAGAGACGAGGAUCAACACCCCCAACAGCAGCAGCAACAGCUGCACGCGGUACAGCGCAUGCACGCACGCCGCCCCGCGCGCGGUGGUGGUGGUAUUCGCGGACAGCAACACGGGGGAGCGCUCGGCAGCGGCAGUGGUAGGCGGCUUGGGGGACACGCAGCCAGGCAUGAUGAUGAUGAUGAUCGCGAUGAAGAGGAGGAGGGGAACGAUGGCGGUGGACGUCAUGGUGGUGGUGGUGGUGGUGGUGGUGGUGGUGGUAGGGAUGUCGAUGAUGACAUUGACAUUGACCACAACCACAACGAUGGCGACGAUGGCACUGCCACUCCGCUCACCGACGCUGAUCGUGAGCGCAUUCAGCAGGGUCAAGACAUGCUGGGCAGGCUCUUUGGCAUGCCGGAGUUCUUUGAGGGGAUGGGGCUCCCCCGGCACCACGCGGCGCGCGGGCGUGGCUGGGGCGGUGGUCAUCGUCACUGGAUGGAGGGAGGGCAGCGCUUGGGCGGGCGACGAACAGAGGAACAACAGCAGCAACAAGGAGAGGGGCGAGGGCGGCAAGCGCCAGUACAGCGCCAGCGCGGUCGUUUUGAUGACGCAAUGGGCGUGCAGUACUUUGACGAUCAUGACGAUGAUGACGAUGGCAUUGACCGGUGGAUGAUGGGGCGGCCGGGGCCCUGGCGACGCGCAGGCCUUGGUCGCGGACACGUGCUUGGUGGUCGUGGUGUUGGCGGUGGCGGCGGCGGCGGUGGUGGUGGUGGUGGCGAUGACAGCGAUGAUGACGAUGUGGGCAGUGGGAGGCGCGGCGAUGAUGAUAAUGAUGAUGAGCAGAUGUCGCAGCGUGAACGCCUGGAGCGGCUUCGACAGCAGCGACGAAGGAUGCUGGAAACGCGUCAGCAGCAACUCCAAGAGCAGCAGCAGCAACACGAACAUGGAGAGGGGGAAGGGGCACACCACCACAGCCACCGCCACCGCGGCAGUAGGCCACGCAAGCGCACGCCUUCGCUGCAGUCCAUGUGCGUGGAUCAGAUUGCAUCACGUCUGUAUGCCUCGGACCGCCCCAUUCUCACGCUGACGCUGCCGGAGACGCUUGCACGCGAAGUGAUGACGGCCGCAGCUGAGAAAGAGACACUCAACAGCAAGUCCAUCAAAGCGUUUCGCUCGUGUGGCAUCCAGCACCUCGCCUUCCGCUCCAGCGUCGUGGUCACAGACGCCUUUCUUCGCGUCCUCGGCACCCAGUUCCCAACCCUCUACGAGCUGGAAAUCUAUGAUUGUCCCAUGCUGACGUUUCGCGGAAUUGCAGCUCUCAAAGGCGCCCCAAACUUGGCCAGCCUGCACCUGAGCGGCGCGUUUACAGACUCGUGUGUGGACGCGUUGAUGUCUCUCCACCCGCUGGAACAUUUUUCCCUCAACGGCGCCAGAGUUUCAUCGCAGCAGUUUGCGCGCUUCCUCUCGUCCCCGACCGCCACCCACCUGCAAUCUCUCGCUCUCACAUCGUGCCCAGCCCUGGACGAUGGAAUUCUGCCAAGCAUCUGUGGCCUGACCGAUUUGGGGCACCUGUCCCUCUCAAAAACACCUGUACGCGCGGUGGGCCAGCUGGCGUCUCUGCCACACCUGUAUUCCCUCAAUCUCUCGUACACACGCGCGAGCGAGCGGGAAGUGGGUGCCCUCGCCGCUGCAACGAACAUGACCACGCUCGGCCUGUUUGGGCUCAAUCUCUCAUCCGACGCCUACGCGCCAUGGGCGGGGCACGGGAGCCUGGCUGAAUUGACUUUGUCGUCGCGUGAUUCCUUUGACGACGCGUGUCUCGCGCACGUGUGCACGUUGACCCACGUCACCACGCUCGAUUUGAGCGGAUACUACCAGCUCACACCGGACGGCCUCAAGGCAAUCGCAGCCAUGCAGCAACUGCAGUCGCUGUCGCUGAGCAACACCGCCCUCACCGACGCCGCGUUGCUCCAUAUUGGGGGUGUUGGGCUGCCCUCCCUGGACACGUUCGACAUUUCCCGUACAGAUGUCACAGACGCAUGCGCGCCAGCAUUCAAAGGCUUUGCCGCUGUUGCGCGGCUGAAUCUGUCGAGAACGCGCAUCACGAACACUUUCUUUCACGCACACGCACUCAACGACUGCGCUGCUCUGCAAACGCUCAGCAUCGAGCGCACGCACACGAGCACGAAAGGACUGGCUGAGCUGAACGGGCUCUCUCGUCUGCAGUCUGUCAAUGCACGGCACACGUGGGUGUCACCAACCAAGAUCCCCGCUGCCCUUCCCUCUGUGCACGUUGAUUGCAGCUUUGCCGAGGAUCGUUCCGAGUUUGUGAUGGACGACACAGAUGAGGAGGACCUUCCAUCCAUGCUUCACCGCCCGUGAUGUGAUGUGCGUGUGCGUGUGAUUGUAUGUUUAACUCAUCCAUUUUGCGUUUUCUUACGUCUUCCGUCUGGUUUUCAUGAUGAUACGGGUUUACUUAUGAAUUGGAUGGUCUGCCUAACUGAUGAUGGAAGUGAAAAUGACAAUGAAACACGUUCAGAUGCCA